AUGAACAGCAGCAAAAGCCAGGAAGAGCUCAGCCAGGUCAAGGAGAACAAGAGGAAGAGAAUAGUGACAGAGAAUUACCAGCAAAUCUUAGCUUUGGCCUUUGCUGUAAAGGAAAUCAAUGACAACCCUAGGAUGUUAGUAAACAUUACACUAGGAUUCAAUAUUUAUGACAGCUAUCUAAGUUCCAAAUGGACCUAUCAUGCUGCAAUACAAUUUGUCUCUUUGAAAAACAACCUUAUGCCCAACUACAAAUGUGGCAUCCAGGAUACCCUCUUGGCAGUAACUGAAGAUCUGACUUCUGAACGCUCCUAUCAGAAACCCAAUAUUUUGAGCAUCUACAAGAUUCCACAGUUCAUCUAUGGCUCUGCAAUGGUGCUGACAGAAAAGGACCAUCUUCUUUACUACUAUCAGAUGACUCCAAAUCUUCUACAUCAAUAUAGAGGGAUUAUGAAAUUACUGCAGCAUUUCAACUGGAAUUGGAUCACAUUCUUUAUUGCCAAUGGGAUGCAUUUAGAGACUGUUAUGAAUGUUAUCAUUCCAGAAUUUGCAAAAAAUGGUAUCUGUACUGCAAAGGUAUACACAUUUGUUUUGUGUCAUGGUGAAAACCGCAUGAAAUGUAUAGAAAAAUCUUAUUGUGAUGUCAUGAAUAGCAAAGCCAAGAUUCUGAUUUUCAGUGGAGACCUGCGUUCCAUGAUUUUAUUGAGAUGGUUGCUAUCUUUUAAAUUUGGGCAAAUUAUAGGAAAAACUAAAGGCCAUGUUUGGCUUCUAACCGUUGGGAUGGAGCUGAAAAACAUCAUUGCACCUGCUGCGAGGCCAAUACUUGAAUUCCAUGGUUCAUUUUCCUUUACAGUCCAUUCUGAUGAAAUCCAGGGAUUCCAGCAAUUUCUCCAGAACAGAAACCCUUUGAAUUCAGAAGGGGAUGGUUUUAUCAGAAAUUUCUGGGCUCGGACAUUUCACUGUCCAUUCCAGGGCUCUGGGUUCCAUCCUAAGAAUAGGGAUAUCUGCACAGGGAUGGAAAGACUGGAGAACCUUCCUGAGCAUGUCUUUCCCAUGAGAAUUACAGGCCAAAGCUAUAGCAUCUACAAUGCUGUUUAUGCUGCGGCUCAAUCCUUACAUGUCAUCUAUGAAUCAAUAUCCAGAAACAAGGCAAUGGAUGAAAGGGAAAGAAAAAAAUAUCUCACACAACAGAUCUGGCAGCUUUCUAAUCUACUAGAAACAUUAUCAUUUAAUAACAGUGCUGGAGAAAAAAUUUCCUUUCAUCAUGAGGGCUCUCUACUUGCAGGAAUUGACAUCAUUAAUUGGAUUACAUUCCCAAAUGAAUCUUUCAUUGGACUGAAAGUUGGAAGGAUGGAUCCAUGGGCCCCUUCACACAAAGAACUUACCAUCAAGGAAGAGGAUAUUGUAUGGCAUCCUGGAUUUAACCAUACACUACCUAUCUCUGUGUGUAAUGCCAAUUGUCAGCCUGGCUAUCAGAAAGAAACAAAGGGGGGAGAACCAUUUUGUUGCUACAAUUGUGUGCCUUGUCCAAAAGGGUGGAUUUCUAACAAAACAGAUAUGGACAAUUGUUUCAAAUGCCCACAAGAUCAAUAUGCAAACAAGCAACAGAAUGGAUGCAUUCCAAAGGUCAUUAGCUAUUUGUCCUAUGAAGAACCGCUGGUUAUGAGCAUAGUUACUUGUACAGUCUUGUUGUCUGCUACUACUAUUCAGAUCUUGAAGACAUUUAGGAAGCAUCACAAUACUUACAUAGUGAAAGCAAACAAUCGUGAUCUUUCCUACCUUCUUCUCAUCUCACUUCUGCUCUGUUUUCUUUGCUCAUUGCUGUUCCUUGGCAGACCACUAACAAUAACAUGUCUCCUCCGCCAAACUACUUUUGGGGUCAUUUUCACCAUGGCUGUUUCUUGUGUGUUGGCAAAAACCCUUAUUGUAGUUCUGGCUUUCAUGGCCACAAAGCCAGGAUCCCAGAUGAAGAAGUGGACGGGGAAACGACUGGCCAGCUUAAUUGUUGUUUCUUGCACUUUUCCUCAAGUAGGCAUCUGUGUUGUGUGGCUUGCAACAUUCCCUCCUUUCCCAGAUAGUGAUAUGCUUUCAAUGAGUGAACAAGUUGUCCUUCAGUGUAAUGAGUCAUCACCUAUCAUGUUCUAUCUUGUUUUGAGCUACCUGGGAUUACUAGCCAUUGCCAGCUUCACUGUAGCUUUCUUUGCCCGGAAGUUGCCAGACACUUUUAAUGAAGCCAAAUUCAUCACUUUCAGCAUGUUGGUGUUUUGCAGUGUGUGGCUGACCUUUGUUCCAACUUACCUGAGCACCAAAGGAAAAUACAUGGUCACUGUGGAGAUCUUCUCCAUCUUAACCUCUAGUGCCGGAUUGCUGGGGUGUAUCUUUGGUCCCAAAUGCUACAUUAUUCUGUUGAGACCUGAGCUGAACAAAAGAGAGCAUUUAAUCAGCAAAAAAACCCUGAAGAUGUCAAUUUUGCAAUGGCAGCAUCCUCAAUUGUACCAGAAGAGGGUUGGAGUGACAUUUUAG